AAGGUGAGGUCAAGAGAGUGGAGAAUGAGGCAUUUCAAUGGUGGGUGGGCCCUGACCUGAGAGAGCGGCACGGGGUGGGGUGGAAGCGCGGCGAUCGCGGAACGCCGUCGGGCGUUGCGGCCUCUGCGCGAGGGGCGGGGCGAUUAGGUCAUAGAGCGGCUCCCAGCGUGCCUUGCGGCGUAGGAGGAGGUCCAGACUAUAAAAGCGGCUGCCGGAAAGCGGCCGGCACCUCAUUCAUUUCCACCGGUCUCUAGUUGUGCAGCUUUGACUAGGGUCAUCGCCGUCACUCCUCCGCUGCCGCCCCCGCAAGGCUUCGCUGUCGCCGAAGCCAUUUCCAGCGACUCGUCGCACCCUUUUCUAUCCACUUCGUUCCCCGCCAGCCGCAACCAUUGACGCUAUGUCGGGUUAUUCGAGUGACCGAGACCGCGGCCGGGAUCGAGGGUUUGGUGCACCUCGAUUUGGAGGAAGUAGGGCGGGGCCCUUAUCUGGAAAGAAGUUUGGAAACCCUGGGGAGAAACUAGUUAAAAAGAAGUGGAAUCUUGAUGAGCUGCCCAAGUUUGAGAAGAAUUUCUAUCAAGAGCACCCUGAUUUGGCUAGGCGGACAGCACAAGAGGUGGAAACAUACAGAAGAAGCAAGGAAAUUACAGUUAGAGGUCACAACUGCCCGAAGCCAGUUCUAAAUUUUUAUGAAGCUAAUUUCCCUGCAAACGUCAUGGAUGUUAUUGCUAGACAGAAUUUCACUGAACCCACUGCUAUUCAAGCUCAGGGAUGGCCAGUUGCUCUAAGUGGAUUGGAUAUGGUUGGAGUGGCACAGACUGGAUCUGGGAAAACAUUGUCUUAUUUGCUUCCUGCCAUUGUCCACAUCAAUCAUCAGCCAUUCCUAGAGAGAGGCGAUGGGCCCAUUUGUUUGGUGCUGGCACCAACUCGGGAACUGGCCCAACAGGUGCAGCAAGUAGCUGCUGAAUAUUGUAGAGCAUGUCGCUUGAAGUCUACUUGUAUCUAUGGUGGUGCUCCCAAGGGACCACAAAUACGUGAUUUGGAGAGAGGUGUGGAAAUCUGUAUUGCAACUCCUGGAAGACUGAUUGACUUUUUAGAGUGUGGGAAAACCAAUCUGAGAAGAACAACCUAUCUUGUCCUUGAUGAAGCAGACAGAAUGCUUGAUAUGGGUUUUGAACCCCAAAUAAGGAAGAUUGUGGAUCAAAUAAGACCUGAUAGGCAAACUCUAAUGUGGAGUGCGACUUGGCCAAAAGAAGUAAGACAGCUUGCUGAAGAUUUCUUGAAAGACUAUAUCCAUAUAAACAUUGGUGCACUUGAACUGAGUGCAAACCACAACAUUCUUCAGAUUGUGGAUGUGUGUCAUGACGUAGAAAAGGAUGAAAAACUUAUUCGUUUAAUGGAAGAGAUCAUGAGUGAGAAGGAGAAUAAAACCAUUGUUUUUGUGGAAACCAAAAGAAGAUGUGAUGAGCUUACCAGAAAAAUGAGGAGAGAUGGGUGGCCUGCCAUGGGUAUCCAUGGUGACAAGAGUCAACAAGAGCGUGACUGGGUUCUAAAUGAAUUCAAACAUGGAAAAGCUCCUAUUCUGAUUGCUACAGAUGUGGCCUCCAGAGGGCUAGAUGUGGAAGAUGUGAAAUUUGUCAUCAAUUAUGACUACCCUAACUCCUCAGAGGAUUAUAUUCAUCGAAUUGGAAGAACUGCUCGCAGUACCAAAACAGGCACAGCAUACACUUUCUUUACACCUAAUAACAUAAAGCAAGUGAGCGACCUUAUCUCUGUGCUUCGUGAAGCUAAUCAAGCAAUUAAUCCCAAGUUGCUUCAGUUGGUCGAAGACAGAGGUUCAGGUCGUUCCAGGGGUAGAGGAGGCAUGAAGGAUGACCGUCGGGACAGAUACUCUGCGGGCAAAAGGGGUGGAUUUAAUACCUUUAGAGACAGGGAAAAUUAUGACAGAGGUUACUCUAGCCUGCUAAAAAGAGAUUUUGGGGCAAAAACUCAGAAUGGUGUUUACAGUGCUGCAAAUUACACUAAUGGGAGCUUUGGAAGUAAUUUUGUGUCUGCUGGUAUACAGACCAGUUUUAGGACUGGUAAUCCAACAGGGACUUACCAGAAUGGUUAUGAUAGCACUCAGCAAUACGGAAGUAAUGUUCCAAAUAUGCACAAUGGUAUGAACCAACAGGCAUAUGCGUAUCCUGCUACUGCAGCCGCACCUAUGAUUGGUUAUCCAAUGCCAACAGGAUAUUCUCAAUAAGACUUUAGAAGUAUAUGUAAAUGUCUGUUUUUCAUAAUUGCUCUUUAUAUUGUGUGUUAUCUGACAAGAUAGUUAUUUAAGAAACAUGGGAAUUGCAGAAAUGACUGCAGUGCAGCAGUAAUUAUGGUGCACUUUUUCGCUAUUUAAGUUGGAUAUUUCUCUACAUUCCUGAAACAAUUUUUAGGUUUUUUUUGUACUAGAAAAUGCAGGCAGUGUUUUCACAAAAGUAAAUGUACAGUGAUUUGAAAUACAAUAAAUGAAGGCAAUGCAUGGCCUUCCAAUAAAAAAUAUUUGAAGACUGAAUUAAGUGGAAAUUGUACUUUAUUUUAUAUAUAUAAUGUCAUGUAAAACUUUGCUUAGAUGGUCUGGGUUUUUGUUGUUUUGUUUCGUUUUUAAUCAUGAAAACAAAUGACUGCUCCUUUUUAUUUAAUUUGGGAGGCAGGGGGAAUCAGAAGGCCCUUUACAAUGAACUAUUAUAUUGCAGGAGUCAAUGAACUGAUUUAGGUGAAUUUUUAGUUAUAGGCUACAUUGCGUAAAAGCUUUGUCAGCUCCCAACAUCAGGGGAGUCAUUUAAUAGCCUUUUCCUUAUUUGCUAGUAUGGUUAAAUGAGAGAAUAGUAAAAUAGAUACAAAGUCAUCUAUGUAAUGUGAGAAUGUGGAUGACUUUGGCAAAAUUUAUGAUUUAAAAAGCUCCAAAUAACUGGUUUUUUCAAGAGAUUUAUUCUCAUGCUCUUGGCUAUACUGUGAAUUACUGAAAUGUUGAACAAACCUGUGAAAGACAUACAUUCGCUCUUUAAGAUGGCCAGGAGCUAAACUUGAGUCUCCUUAACUGAUUGAAUUUGCACAACGUUCUCAGUGCAGGUUACUUGUAGAUUCUAGUCUUCACAGGCUCCCUGGGGCUCUUAACUGUAGUCACGCUGGGAGUCAUGAAUGUCUUUCCAAUAAUUCAGGGAAUUCUAGAGAUCUUCAAACUGUAAGGUCUAUUCAUACUCAACACAAGGAAAAAACCUCAUUAAAAUUAAUGACUAAUCAGGAGGCAACA